UACAUAUUAUAUUUUAUUAUUAUUAUAUAUAUAUAUAAGUAGUGUAUACGGUACUAUCAUUAUUCGGUAAAAAUAUAAUUUGCGAAUUUCCUUAUUAUUUUUCAAUUAUUUUCUCCCGAAUAUCGGUGCCCCGGAUCACGCUUGGACGCCUGACGUUUUGAGUGUCGACCGAUGUCCGUGUACCGUUCGUGCCUCACCAACACCGGAUCGUGCCGAAGGAAUUCGACAUCGUUGUUAUUGUCAUCGACUUCGUGGUUAUCGUCAUUGUAGUUGUGCUCACUGAAGGAAGUUGGUGCGCACCGAAGAUACCUAACCGAAGAUUGCGACUUCAGAAUUGGAGGCGCAAUGUGGUAACCAACAAUAUAAUUAAACGGUUAAAGCAAUGCAGAAUGUAUUUUCCCGGGACAUGUUUUCAAUGGGUACAUUUGACGGAGGAGUCAAAUGUAAUGGACAUGUCCAACUGUCUGGACGGACAUCAAAGAAAGACCGCAAGGGGUGUAAAAAAGAAAAAAUUGAAACUGUACUAAAAAACCGGUUUAUUACUCCAUCAAAAGUUAGGCCACCUGUGCUUAAAUUGCCUAAAAUUAAUGUUAAAACUAAAAAUCAAGUCAUUAAGCCAGUUGAGAUAGUAAAAAAUAACAGUACGGCUGUUGAUACUCUGGUGAAUAAACCAAAUAUCAAGGAUGACGUUCUGAAGUUCAAAGAAUUAUUGUGCAAUACUACAUCUCCAACACCUCCUCCUGUUGAUGUCCCAGAACAAGUUAAUGAUCGUUUGUCGACUGUUCUUGAAUCUCCACCAAAAAAGACAAAAGCCAAAAAACGAAGUAAAAACAAGGCUGAAAAAAGUGUGUCUGGUGGAAAUAAGAAACCUGAUAAAAUCGAUCCUUUGAAUUUAAAUGAUAAGGACCAGCUAAGCUGCAAUAUAAUAACUAUUCCGCCUAAAAGAAAGUAUGCCAAGUUAAGUAACUGGCAAAAAGAUUGUGGAACCAGACAUGAAACAUUGCAGAGGAUACUAAAAGAAUUUGAAAAAGAAGCUAAAUUAAGGGAAAACCUAUAUCCUUUAGAUUUUGUUUCAUCUGAUAGUGAGGAUACUGAUGAUCCAUUAAAUUUAGAGUUAGAGGAUGCACCGUAUCAAAGAUUUUGGUUACCUUCCGAUCAAAUUGAACCUUUAGAUCGAGAUGCUAAAGUGAAUAACUUGAGAUCAGUACUUCGGCGAAGGUUUCAUCAAAUAUCUAACCUUCCUGAUAACUCACCAUCUCCUGAUUUAGUAUUAGCAUUGACGAAUGCUGUACGAAAUGAUCCUAUUUGUAUCAACCAAAUAGUAUGCCAAGAGUCUGAUUUUAAACCUAAAUUUAAAAGUAUUGACGGCGUGUCUAUGAUACAGCAAAAAUGCUGUCUGGAAAGAUGCCACUAUCCUGCUAUACCAUGUACUCGUCAUUGCUUUAGACAUAUUCUACGAAAUGUUGACCAACUCCUUUUUGAACACUGUUCUGCACGUACCAAUCAAGGUCCAUGUACCAAUGCUGUGUUUAAUAUUCGUGAUGUACAGCCAUUGUGCUUUGACCAUUUAUACUCUAAGGAAACAAUAAUUCAGACUGAGGAAGUACCUGUUGUCAAAUCUAAACCUCGUAAAAGGCCAAAGAAUUCUCCAUUUAACAAGCUAUCAAAGCGCAAUAAAAAGAAAAAACAAGUGCCUAAAUUCCCUCUUGAGCCUCCACCUUACACGGAGACAAUCGAACCUACUACUAUUGAGCCAAUUACAUGCACUAAUGAUCUGCCUCAAAAUAUUAGCUGUGAUGUUACAUCACUUUACUCAUCUGUUGCCAAUCCUGAUAUUUAUUUACAUCCGGUUGGUAGUAAUAUUAUUACACAUGAAGUGGAAGUUGGUGAUGAAGUACUUGCUGGUUUAGAUGCAGCUGAUUUAGCAAGUCAUGCAUCACGGUUAUUGGAUGACCAUGAUGAUAUUACAAGUGUGUUCAGUCAAAUACCUGUAGAUGCAUUCAACGAUCUCUUUACUGUUGAUAAAAAUGGACAGUAUGUACCUUCUCGUGAAGAAACUGAAGAAUUAGAAAGAGCAUUGGAGGCUGUUGACAUGGAUGUCAGAUCGCUUGAAAGAUUGUCACAGUCACACAUGGCCAAUAUUUUGGAUCCUGCUUCAUUACUAGCCGACUUACCGAUACCUCCUUUUUCCAGCUCAUAGCAAAUCCAAGAUAUUAACGUAACUAAGAUAAGAGACUUAAACAGGUGCACAGAUUAGUGAGAAGAGAAUUAAAAGUAAUUAAUUAAUAAUAAUUAUGACAAAAAAUAAAAAAUAAAAAAAAAUAGUUUUUCACUUAUGAUUAGUUGGCGUUAUAAUAUAAUUAUUUAUAUAAUGUAUUUUAACAACCAACUUGUAAGUUUGAGCAAUACUCAAUUGUUCUUGAGUAUGAGGCUGCUAAAAAGCUUAGUAGAGCUUAGUUGUGGUGUUAUUGAUAACUUUUUUUAAAAUAAAAAAAAAACAAUGGUAUAUAAUAAUUUAUUGACUAGGAAUUUUAACAAUAUGUAUACCUACAAUGUACAUAUUUAGAACAUUGUAAGCCCAAAACAUUAUACAAUUUUUUUUUCUUACCCAAUAAUUUCUCAAGACUUAAUAUAUUGUGAGCCUCGAUUCUGGUAAACUACUCGUACUUUGUUGAAUUAAUAUUAUAUUAUGUAAUUUCUUAAAUUUAAUGAUAAUGCAAGAAACUCAAAUGUUUUGUUUAUUGCCAGUUGCACAUUCCACUUGCGACUGUAAAAUUAUAUAUAUAUUUUUUUUUUAUCAAUAUUUAACAUCAUUU